GGGGUGGCCGGAAUCCGGAAUCUCCCCGCGUGUUGUUUGUUUUAUUUUUUAUACAUUUUUCACUCACCAAACCCCUUUAACGAGAUGGUGGCCCCCUUGGCCGGAAAACUAGCGGUGGUAUCGGGUGCCGGUUCUGGAAUUGGGCGAGCAACGAGCAAACUCUUAUCGCGCGACGGUGCCAUCAUCGUUGCGGUGGACCGAAACUUGCAAGCGGCACAGGAAACGAUUGCGCAGCUUGGGGAAGGACCGCAGGCUGCUGGGAAUGCCGCCUACGAGAUGGAUGUGAGUUCCGGCGAAAGUGUCGAUGCGGUCCUCAAGAGCAUACUCGAGCGCUACAAGCGGCCACCAACGGUGGUGGUGAACUCUGCCGGCAUCACGAGGGAUAAUUUCUUGCUCAAAAUGCCCGAAGCGGACUUUGAUGCGGUAAUCAACGUCAAUCUAAAGGGUACCUGGUUGAUGCUGCAGCGCUUUGGGCGCGCUAUGAUCGAUCACGGUGUGCCGGGGUCGAUGGUGAACGUGUCUUCGAUCGUGGCCCGGACGGGAAACAUAGGCCAAUCGAACUACUCGCCCAGCAAGGCUGGAGUGGAAGCGAUGACGAAAGUUGUUGCCCGCGAAUUCGGAAGGUACAGCAUCCGGGUGAAUGCGGUCGUUCCUGGUUUCAUUAAAACCCCAAUGACGGAAACCGUACCGGCGAAGGUUAGGGACAUGAUGAUCAUGCAGUGUGCGUUACGACGAUUCGGAGAACCGGAAGAAAUUGCCGAAGUGGCCGCUUUUCUUGCCUCCGAUAAAAGCAGCUACGUCAACGGUACAUCCAUUGAGGUGACCGGUGGCUAAUCCGAACGGGUUGCUUUAAAGCACCGCAAAUAUCGGGAAUAUACAGGUCCGCAACAACCUUAAACUACCUCCGAGCGCAUUUCAAAUAGCGGAAUGCGCCAUCCCUGAAAGUGGAAUACCUCAAAACGUACCUUAC